UUAGAAAUGAGAAAUCCUGCAGGCAGUUACAUCCUAAUACUUUGCAGCACAGCACAGCAACAAUCAUGCUUCUUUUCUGUUGACAUUUCUCUCUUACUUUUCCUCAUUUCUCAAACUGCUACAAACCCUUCAUGAACCCAAUCCACAAUAAUAAACACAUACACACACCAAAACACAGCACAAUAAUAAUAAAAAAACAAAGGGAAAAGAAAAGGUAUAACAAGAGCUCACCCUGUUUCCUUGUUUCCUCAGUUCUAUUUAUAACUCCUUUGCUUCUUUUUUUCUUUUCUUUUUUUAUGUUUCUGUUGUAGAAGAUAAAAAACAUACAGGAGAAGAGCUCUUAAUAAAAGCCCCUCCCCUGUUCCCCUUAUUAGUCAUUCAUUGGUUGGUUAGGUGGUCUCAUUCAUUCACUCAUUUACUCAAUCUCUAUCUCCCUCUAUUCCACUGUUUACAAUGGUGAGAUCCUCUUCUCUUCUUCUUCUUCUUCUUCUUCCACUCCUCUGCUUCACUCUGUUUAACCUCAAAUUCGUCGAUGGCGCCGGAACCGACGACGGAACGGAGCAAUGGGGUUAUGUUCAAGUUCGACCAAAGGCUCAUAUGUUCUGGUGGUAUUAUAAGAGUCCGCAGAGGAUCGAGAACGGUUCGACGCCAUGGCCUCUUGUUCUUUGGCUUCAGGGAGGACCUGGAGCUUCUGGGAUUGGAAUUGGGAAUUUUCAAGAGAUUGGGCCAUUAGAUACUAAUCUAAAGCCGCGGAGUUCGACAUGGCUUCAAAGAGCUGAUCUCCUCUUUGUGGAUAAUCCAGUGGGAACAGGAUAUAGUUUUGUGGAGGAUAACACUCUUCUAGUCACAACUGAUGAAGCAGCAGCAGUAGACCUAACUACUCUGUUAAAGGAGCUUUACAAUUCUAUUGAGAGCCUGCAAAAAAGCCCACUAUUCAUUGUAGCAGAAUCAUAUGGGGGGAAAUUUGCUGUUACCCUCGGCUUAUCGGUCGCGAAAGCGAUUAAAUCCGGAGAAUUGAAGCUUAAACUUGGAGGAGUUGUUCUUGGAGAUAGCUGGAUUUCCCCUGAGGAUUUUGUGCUUUCAUGGGGGCCUCUGCUUCUAGAUGUCUCAAGGCUUGAUAUCAAUGGUGCUGAUAAAUCCAACAGCAUGGCAGAAAAAAUUAAAGCCCAAAUAGCCCAAGGGCUCUACGCCGAUGCGACGAACUCGUGGAGCACACUCGAGGGAUUAAUUAUCUCAAGUAGUAACUCAGUUGACUUCUACAAUUUCUUGUUGGAUUCGGGUAUGGACCCAUUAUCCGUUACAUCGGCUAGUUUAAUGAUGAAGAGUUACUCAAGUUGGGUAGACCAAUCUGAUGCUGUUUUUAAUGCUCUCACUAAUGAUUUCAUGAAACCGAGGAUCGAUGAGGUUGAUGAGCUGCUAUCCCUUGGUGUGAAUGUGACUAUUUAUAAUGGACAGCUUGAUGUGAUAUGCGCGACGAAGGGCACUGAAGCAUGGGUUCAAAAGCUUAAAUGGGAAGGACUCAAGAACUUUAUCAGUUUGGAUCGAACUCCUUUAUAUUGCAGCAGUGAUGCUGUUGGAGGUACGAAGGGCUUCGUCAAAUCGUAUCGAAACUUACACUUCUACUGGAUCUUGAAAGCAGGACAUUUUGUACCUGUUGACCAACCGUGUGUCGCGCUAAACAUGUUGAGUAACAUAACCCAAUCUCCUGCUAUUUCUUCUUCAUAUAUAGAUUGAAGGUUUACAAACAAAAAAAGAAGUUCAAGUGUGACUUUGGAUCACACAAUUUAUUUUUCAUUCAAUCAUUUAUAUUGUCAAUGCUCUUCAGUAUUGGAUGAAAAAAAACAUAAAAAUAAAAAAAGAUUUAUUGUAAUAUGACAUACUUGUGUGAAAUUGAUUGUUUGAGUGCA